AUGUCGACCGCGAAGAAGCUCCAGAGCAAGCUCUUCGGUGCUGGCAUUCCUGUCGGCCCUGGGGGACCUGUCACUGCUGCUGACUCUGCCAACGCCGCCGACGACUUUGGAUCUGGCGCCGCUACACCCACCACGGUCACCAGCGCCGAACCCCUCAAGAUCAACAUCCCGCCUGUCAAUCCUCCUACUGGUGAGACGCUGAACCAGCGCGCAAAGGAGCACCUGCCCAAGCGCCCAGCUCUGCAGCAGGAGAACCAGGCUACUGCACCAGAGAACCAGGGCUCGCCGCACCCCCACACUGGUGGAAGCGAGACUGAUACCCCUGGCCCUGCCGGGGAGAACAAGCUGACCUGUCAGUCUCAUCGCGAACGUCUGCAGCAGAACCUCGGACCCCGCUACCGAUCUGUCGAGGAGCAUAGGCUUGACCAGUCUGAUGGCUAUGCGGUACACUGGAAGCGCUGGGGACCCUACGUGUCCGAGCGACAAUGGGGUACCGUCCGUGAAGACUACUCUGCGAAUGGUGAUGCGUGGAACAGUUUCCCGUUCGAGAUGGCUACGAGCAGGGCGUAUCGAUGGGGUGAGGAUGGUAUGGCCGGUAUCUCGGACAACCACCAGAGGCUCUGUUUCACCCUUGGUCUCUGGAACGGGAAGGACCCGAUCCUCAAGGAACGGCUGUACGGUCUGAACGGAUCUCAAGGAAACCACGGCGAAGACGUCAAGGAGAUCUACUAUUACCUCGAUUCGACCCCGACCCACUCGUACAUGAAGUUCCUGUACAAGUACCCGCAGGGCGAGUACCCGUACAAGCAGCUGCAGGAGGAAAACCGGAACCGGAGCAGGGACGUGACGGAGUUUGAGUUGAUGGAUACGGAUCUGUUCGAUGAGGACAAAUACUGGGAUGUUUUCGUGGAGUACGCCAAAGACGAGGACAACGCAGACGCCAUGUCGAUCCGAAUCACCGCGUACAACCGAGGUCCCGAUGCCGCCGACCUGCACAUCCUCCCGCAGCUCUUUUUCCGGAACACCUGGUCCUGGACCAAGGAGAUGCCGGACAAGCGCCCUCACAUGGAUCAGGAGCAGGACGGUGUCAUCAACGCCUGGCACGACACCCUCGGUACCACCCGCCUCUACUGCACGCCCAGUCCCGCGCCUGCCGCGCCGGCCAAGGGCGGUGUCGUCCUCGUUGAUGGUCCCAGCGUCGUCCCAGAGCUGCUCUUCACGGAGAAUGAGACCAACUUUGAGCGACUCUACGGCGGCAAAAACAGGACCCCAUACGUCAAGGACGCGUUCCACGACCACCUCAUCCCCUCUCACCGCCCCAAGGAGCCCGAGCCGGAACGCGAGGCGAACGCGGGCCUCCCCAUGAAGUCCCCCAAAUCACCGGCUGUCUCCCUCCGCUCUCUGCCCGGAGACUCUACCGACCCCCUCUCGCCCCAAAACCGCACGCAGCGGUUGAAGGAGAACGGCGGAGACGGUAAUGACGCGCCACAUGUCGCUCCCCCACCCCGCCCGACUGCGGCGUCCGGCGCGAGGCGCUUCGUCAACCCCGACAAGACCGGUACGAAGGCUGCUGCGCACUAUCACUUCACCAACGUCCCCGGAAAGGGCGGCUGUGUGGUUGUUCGGCUCAAGAUGACCCCGAGUACGCCCGAAGAGGACCCCAGUAUCCUCGACGAGGAGAUGUAUGACGAUACGAUCGAGGAGAGGCGGAUGGAUGCGGAUGAGUUUUACGGAAGAAUCGCGAGGAACAGCGUUAGUGAUGAUUUGAGGAAUAUCAUGCGGCAGGCUCUGAGUGGGAUGCUGUGGUCCAAGCAGUACUACCAGUACAUCCAGAAGGAGUGGAUGGAGGGAGAUUCGGGACAGCCGCCACCCCCGCCCGAGCGGAAGUGGGUCAGGAACAGGGAAUGGAAGCACAUGUACAUCAACGACAUCCUCUCCAUGCCCGACAAGUGGGAGUACCCCUGGUUCGCCACAUGGGACACCGCAUUCCACUGCAUCCCGCUCGCCAUGGUCGAUCCCGCGUUCGCCAAGAAGCAGCUCGACCUCAUGACCCGAGAAUGGUACAUGAAGCCGGACGGUGCUCUGCCCGCCUACGAGUGGAAUUUCUCGGACGUCAACCCGCCCGUACACGCCUGGGCUACCUUCCGAGUCUUCAAGAUUGAACGAAAGUUCUUUGGUCGAGAGGACUUGGACUUCUUGGAGAGGGUGUUCCAGAAGCUUUUGUUGAACUUCACUUGGUGGGUGAACCGGAAAGAUGCCGACGGGAACAACGUCUUUGAAGGUGGUUUCCUCGGUCUUGACAACAUUGGUCCUUUCAACCGAUCGGAGCCGCUCCCUACUGGCGGAACCCUUCGACAGGCGGACGGUACGGCGUGGAUGGCGUUCUUCUGCCUGAACAUGCUGAGUAUCGCGCUGGAGCUGGCCAAGCACAACCCGACCUAUGAGGAUAUCGCUUCCAAGUUCUUCGAGCACUUUUUGUUCAUCUCGGACGCCAUGACUUUUGCCUCGAACGAAGAGCAAUUCUCGCUCUGGAACGAAGAGGACGGAUUCUACUAUGACGCCAUCCAGUGGGGCUACGGACACUCGCAGCAGCUGCCCGUCCGCUCCAUGGUCGGCCUCAUUCCCCUCUUUGCGACCCUUGUUCUCGAACCCGGAGUCAUCAAGCGCUUCCCGGGCUUCAAGAAGCGCAUGGAGUGGUUUAUUGAGAACAGGCCGGAUAUUUCGGACCGGAAUGUUGCGAGUCUGAAGGAGAGAGGAAAGGGCGAGCGGAGGCUGUUGGCGCUGGCGAGUAAGGACAGGCUGGUGCGCAUCCUGAAGAAGAUGUUGGAUGAGACGGAGUUCCUCAGUGAUUACGGAGUCAGAUCCAUGUCACUUUACCACAACGACCACCCCUUCUCGAUGAAUGUCAACGGGCAGGACUUUGGUGUCGCUUAUUGGCCUGGGGACUCUCGUUCGGCGAUGUUCGGCGGUAACUCCAACUGGCGUGGACCCGUCUGGUGCUGCGUAAACUUCCUCCUCAUCGAGUCCCUCCAGCGAUUCCACCAGUACUACGGCGAGACUCUCCAGGUCGAAUGCCCGACCGGUUCUGGCGACUACAUGAACCUCGCUGGUGCGGCCGAGGAGAUCCAGCACCGUCUCAUCCAUAUCUUCGCGAGGGACGAACAUGGACGGAGGGCUGUCAAUGGAGGUAAUCCCAAGUUGAACCGGGAUCCCCACUUCAGGGAUUACGUCCACUUCUACGAGUUCUUCCAUGGGAAUGAUGGUCGUGGAUUGGGCGCAAGUCACCAGACGGGAUGGACGGGUGUGGUUGCGUGGAGUAUCAUGCAGACCGGCGAGUACUGCCGAUUGCCCAAGACGCCAAGGACGCCCCGCAGUGUCGCCAAGCACUACUUUGACGAGCACAUCAACACGCCCAGCGAGUACGGGGACGGAUCGCUCUACUCUGCCUACUCGGACUUCUCCAACAUUGACCAACCGGAGCCGGAUGACUUGUAA